AUGGCUAGGACAUUUAUCCUUGUCGGCGACCACUAUCAAUUGCCUCCUCUGGUCCAGAAUAAAGAGGCUCAAGAAGGUGGCCUAGACAUCAGUUUGUUCAAAACACUCUCCGACAACCAUCCUUCUUCAGUCGUGAACCUCGAGCACCAAUAUCGUAUGUGCGAAGAGAUCAUGACACUCAGCAAUACCUUGAUCUAUGACGGCCGUCUCAAAUGCGGCACAGCAGCAGUCGCCACUCGCUCAAUCGUUAUUCCUAGCAUAGACGCCCUCAGGCAACAUCACCAUAACCCUCGCAGUAUCCUCUCUGCCGACCCAAAGAAAGUCUGCCCUGGCCCUACCCGAGGGUCCUGCUGGCUCCGCGAUCUCCUCGAUCCUUCCGUCAAAGCCUGCUUCGUUAAUACAGACCCUCUCUUGCCUCUUUCUCGUGAAGCCCUGGAAAGCGGGUUACGGAUCACAAACCCCUGCGAAGCAAAAUUGGCCACCCAACUCGUCGAAUCUCUUAUCACCACAGGAAUUGCUCCUACAGACAUUGGUGUCAUUACUCUUUACCGUUCCCAGCUGGCACUGAUCAAGCAAUCUCUCCGCCACCGCUCGGGCGUCGAAAUGCACACCGCGGAUAAGUUCCAAGGCCGUGACAAAGAAGUGGUGGUACUCAGCCUCGUUCGUAGCAAUGAAGACCAAAAUGUCGGAGAGCUGCUGAAGGAUUGGCGGAGAGUCAAUGUUGCACUGACAAGAGCGCGAACCAAAUUGCUUGUGUUGGGGAGUAAGAGUACGCUCGUGGGAAACGACUUGUUGAAGGACUUUAUCGUAUUGAUGGAAAGAAAGGGGUGGUGGUUUGAUCUACCGGCAGGAGCAUGUGAAGGACAUGUCUUCGAAGACGUACAGACGCAAAUCUCUGGUAGGGGAAGCGCUGACACCAAGGCUGAAGUGGACUUUGGGAAGGCGAAGGUAAACAUUGAGAGGCAGGCACUUGGAGAAGGCAAGGAGAACAAAAGGGGUAGGAGGGUCCCCGCGAAGCAGGGGAAGUUGGAUGUCAGCGUCUUGAUGGGCAAGAGGCCUAUUUUGAGAGACAUCAUUAACGAUGCUUCUUGA